AUGGUCAGAAAAAUGAAGCCCCGAAAAAAGCGUCCACCUCAAAUCCCAAUUAUUUCGGUCGGUCAGCCAUUUUUAUUCUCUUCUUCUUGGCUCAUAGUCCCAUCCCAAUUCAGCAAAAAUACUUUUAACUAAUAAUCAAGACUGAUUAGCAUUAACUAAUCACCGGUUCAUCUCCCCCACCACCCUCUGCCCCUUACCCAAUCAACACUACUUUCUUCUUCUUCACCACACACCAGCAGCCCCCUUUUAUACUCUCUCUCUCUCUCUCUUCCUCAAAUGGUCGGAGACGCCAGACCCAUUUCUCAAAACCCCGAAAGUUUUCAACUUUCAUAAAAACCCACUUGUCGGCAGCAGCAGCAGAUCUAUUCCAAACCCACCCCAAUCCCCUACCCAUUCUAAUUAUUCUCAGAAAAACUCCCACUUUUUUGGCAACAAAUGUCAGGUAUGGACUCAUCAGAGCAACGCCGCAAGCGGAAGCGCAUGCUUCGGUCCUACUCACAAGCAAAGCACUACUUGUCCCUGAGAAGGCCUCUCAUUCUCUGCUUCUCCUUCUUCAUCUUCCUCUUGCUCCUCUCCUCCGAACGCUUCCGUCCGGCGUCAUUUCGGCCGGUCCUCACCGCCUCCACCACCACCCUCUCCCUCCUAUCCUCCACCGCAAGCAAUUCGAUUCUCGAGUCUUUCACUAACAGAAACAGCAACAGCAACACCAGAGACUCGUCCCCUCUUCGAGUUCAAGAUCGAAUCUUGUUUCCCGAUCACGUUCUUCUCAUUGUGCCCAAUAGGUUUCGCCAAAACGACCAAUUGGAGUGCGUUUACCAUAGAUUAUCCAACGGUUCAGAUGAGCUUCAAGAUGGAGAAAAGAAUCCGCACCUGGAUUUUGCUAUUCGACCGGUUUUGUCCACCGACGUCUACGACGAGCUCCGUUCCAUUGCCAGGUGUCCGCUGCCGUCGAAUAAUUACUCGGUGGCCGUCGAUUUGCGGAGGCGUGGCGGCGGUUACGAUUGGACGGCUGGGAUUAACGGGACGGCUUAUCCUUGGGACAGAGUAGUUUACGAGGCGGUUAUUGAUGGAGACACGGCGGUUGUGUUCGUUAAGGGGUUGAACCUCAGGCCCCACAAGAAAUCGGAUCCGACCCGACUCACUUGCCAUUUCGGGUUGGCCAACAAUGGCAAUUGGGAAAAAGACCAGGGCUUUGUGCUCACCACUGAAGCUGUCACGGCGGCUCAGGAAGUUGUCCGGUGCUUGCUGCCCCGGACUAUCCGAAACAACCCGGAUAAGACCCAUGGAGUUCGGGUCACGAUUGGUUACAACACUGGCAGCGCCAGAGCUCCAGUUCAUGUCACUCUGCCUUCUGUGGCCACAAUUUACAGUUCUAAAUCCACUGUGAGAAACGAAAAGCAGAAGAAAAAGCACGAGCUUUGUGCUUGCACCAUGUUGUGGAACCAAGCACCAGCGCUAAAAGAGUGGGUUAUGUACCACGCUUGGCUUGGAGUUGAGCGCUGGUUCAUUUACGACAACAACAGUGACGACGGGAUUGAAGAUGUGGUUCGGGAACUUGAGUUGCAGGCCUACAAUGUCAGCAGGCAGAGCUGGCCAUGGAUCAAAACCCAAGAAGCAGGCUUUUCGCGUUGUGCUUUGAGAGCAAGAGACGAGUGCCAUUGGGUUGGCUUCUUUGAUGUCGACGAGUUCUUCUACUUCCCUAGGGCGUUUCGGCACCACAGAGGAGACGGUGUUCCUGGUGAAAACUCGCUUCGAAACCUUGUUUCGAAUUAUUCGUAUUCGCCGACGAUUGGGGAGAUCAGAACAGAUUGCCAUAGCUUUGGGCCAUCUGGGCUGAGUUCACAUCCAUCGCAGGGUGUCACUGUUGGGUACACUUGCAGGCUGCAAAGCCCUGAGAGGCACAAGUCUAUAGUAAGGGCAGAUUUGCUUGAUGUUACUCUGCUCAAUGUGGUUCACCAUUUUAGGCUGGGACAAGGUUUCAGGCACCUGAAUGUGCCUGAAAAUGUUGCUGUCAUAAACCAUUACAAAUACCAGGUUUGGGAGACUUUUAAGGCCAAGUUUUUCAGAAGGGUAGCAACCUAUGUUGUUGAUUGGCAGGAGGAUCAAAACCAGGGGUCAAAAGAUAGGGCACCUGGGCUAGGAACUGAGGCCAUUGAGCCACCCAAUUGGCGGUUGAGGUUCUGCGAGGUUUGGGACACUGGCCUUAAAGACUAUGUUUUGGGUUACUUUGCUGAUCCUGCAACUGGGUCACUGCCAUGGGAGAAGUCUCUUCUGUGACAAAUACAAAUUGCAGAGCUGGGUGCUUUCAGAUUGGCGCCCAUGUAUAACACAGAGUAAAUCACACACAGAACAGAAGCCAUUCUUUUCAUUGUAAUUUUUUCCUUUUUUGUAUCUGAUUAUUCUUUUUCUUUUUUUCAUACACAUGCAAUGAAUUAAUUACAGAAUUC